AUGUUAUCUAUAUUAAACAAAAUCACUUUGUUCUUUGUUUACUGGGUUCUCAUACAACCCUCAUCUCUAAUUGUUCAUACAAAAAAAAAAUCAUCCGAAAAAUUGAGAAAAAAAUUAAAAGAGCUUCAUGUCUUCAUCUUCCUGGGUCUUUCACCGGCACACUCUCAACGAGCUUCUCUCUCAUUCCUAAUUCUGAGACUCAAACUCUCUCCUCUCUCACUGCCACUAGAGUCUCUCUCGGUCUCACCAGAGUCUCUACUCGUUCACACAGUCACACUCACCGGCGUCUCGUUGCUCCUCUCCUAUCGUCGCCGGCGUUUCAACGUCUCGCGGCCUUCCCUGGGCUCCUCCUCGCCGGUGACAGAAGCACUCGUCGGAUCGUCGUCGCUCGUCGUCUUCUGGUUUCAAGUACUCGCCGUCGCGAGUCGCCGUGGAUCGUGGACCGUCGUAGGGUCGUCACUUGCUUCGUCGCUCGUCCUCUUCUGGGGUCGGGUCCUCUUCGUCACCCAGUCGCCCUUGCGCUUUGAGAUAGUUAAUGGUGUCACUGAAGUUGAAGGAAUAGCAGAGGAGAAAACUGCAGGUGCUGAAGAGGACGAAGAAAAAGGAGUACCUGCUUUUUGGCUCAAUGCAAUGAAAAACAAUGAAGUGUUAGCUGAAGAGAUUUCAGAGCAUGAUGAAGGUGCUCUCAAGUUUCUCAAAGAUAUCAAGUGGAGCAGGAUAGACAACCCAAAAGGAUUCAAGCUUGAGUUUUAUUUCGAUACUAAUCCUUAUUUCACAAACACUAUUUUGACAAAAACAUAUCACAUGAUUGAUGAGGAUGAGCCAAUAUUGGAAAAAGCAAUUGGGUGAAGACCCCUUCAAUGGAAAUAAUCAAAUCCAUCUCAG